UAACUUCUGAGUUAGCCCUAGCCCACUUCGCCAGUUCGCCUCUUCCUCAGUUCCUCUUCGCUUCAUCUUCCUCUUCGCAUAAUCGCAUCUUCCUCAGUUCCUCUUCGCUUCAUCUUCCUCUUCGCUGGGUUGCUGAAUAGCACUUGCUGUGAUUCUUUUGGAUAUGGGGAUAGAGAGAGAGCAGAGUAGCACAUCCAAAGCCGAAAGAGAGGAAAAAAGAAUUGUGAUGCUGGCAUGGAGCGAUGAACGCUUGCCUUCGGAAAGACUACAAGGUGGUACUCAAUUAUAUCACACUCGUGCAGAAUUUCACUCGGUGGAUCUGAAGCACAAUAUAUUAACUCGUUCUUGCUUUCCUUCAAUUAUCAUGACUAAGUUCUUUUCAUCUGCCAUGGUGUCAUCUUUGAAUAAAUUUAUCUACUUAGUGGGAGUGGGAGGAGCGCGAUUAUCUGUCGUCCAAUCAUCUAAUGAGUCUUCCUCUUCCAACCACACAUUCUACUCCGGCGGUUCAUGUCUUGACAUGUCUGAUGAGGCUCCAGUGUGGUGUCCAGCUCCUGUCUUCUUUGAGGAUAACACUUCUCCCAACUAUGUUAGCUUUCUUGGCAAUAUUUACAACUUUGGAUCUGUUUGCCUUGCGCCCCAGGUUCUUGAAUGUGGUGCCCUUGGCCACUAUAAGUCAAUUCGCUCUCUCCCUAUCCCUCAAAGCCUUGCUGGUUGUAGUGUGUCUGUUCCUGUACUUCCCGACCCUUCCAACAAACGCAUUCUUAUGCGCCUCUAUGGUGGUCCCCUUUCGUCGCCUUCCCUCUAUGCUUUCACUCCCGAUCCUUGUGCUGAUGCUAUUGGGACAUGGGAAUGUCUCACCUCUGAUUUCCAUCUUUGGGCUCAUGCUGCUGCUGUUGUUAAUGGGGUCAUAUAUUUUCACUGCCAUAAAGUUCCAUCUCUUCUUUGUGCUUUGCUGGUUGGACACCAAUAUAUUCCCAUAUGAAUGCCGAAACUUUUAAUUUCGAUGCAAUGCUUCAUUUGGGCCACAAUAUUUUGUGCUUUGCUGGUUGGACACCAAUAUAUUCCCGGACUGCUGUUUUUACCAUCGAAGUCAUAUUUUACAAGUUCCAAGUGUUGGUCACCGGUGAAACUGUAACCGUCAAGGUCUGUGACUCCUACUCAUAUGAACUUCCGGGAAGUACCAAUGUGUUUCAUUUCCUCCCCAUUUAGCAGGUACUCUUCUCCAUCUAACCAUCUCUUAUUCUUGCUAUUAUUCUGUUUAUAAUUAGAAUACAGUUUGGACUAGUUAGUGCUUUGACUAUUAAAUUGAACUUAUUAGUUUAUCUGUUUAUGUCAUUAUGUGAAAUUGUGAAUAUGUGAUGCCGGACAUUGUAUAAGACAACAAUUAAACUAUUAGUGUAAGGAGGAUUAUAAAUUUAUAAUUAGAAUACAGUUUGGACUAGUUAGUGCUUAGUGGUGCUAGUCGCAUAUUCGGCUGGAAGUUCCGUAUAGACUAGUGGAGAUAUUAGUUUGUUGAUUUUAGUCUUGUCAAUUUUAAGCUUUUUAAUUAUUAGUUAGUAUUGUAAUCUUGUCAAUUUUCUAUUUGGAUGAUCUUUGUAAAUAAUUUUUCUGGGGAAUAUUGCUUGAUUUAGUUGAAUAUUGCUUGAUUUAGUUGAAUAUGAACCGUCCAACCAAUUAUGAAUAGGGGUAAUUCGCUGUUGGGGUUAUUUGCAUAUGAUUCAUACUUGUGAUUUCAUUUGUUUUGUUAACUUUGUGUUUGAUUAGGUUGUUGAAUUUAUAUGCAGGGAAGACUCAGCUUAUCAAUCAUUUUCUAAUCAACAAGAGUUGGUAUAUUGUUAAUUUGCCUGGAUAUGGGUGAGUCUCUGUAAUUUUGGUUUUAAUUUGGGCAAUUUCUGUAAUUCUUGAGUCUAUUUCAUGCUGGGAAUAUUGUAUACUUGUAUUGUGAAUCAAUUGUUAUUCGUGUUUAUUCCUGAUCAUAUGCUUGAAUCAUAUUGAAGUGCCAAAAAAGGAUUGCUUUUACGCCUUGAGGCAUUGCUUCAAAAUUAUUGA